GGAUUUGAGGGGCCACCCUUCCCAGAUCCACAUCCGAUAAGAAACCCUGUUUUCCGAAAUCAUGAUCCAUGAGCACCGACUCGUAGAGAGCCUCCGUUUGAAUGUCGCAAAUGAGUUGUAUUUAUGGAAGGGAAAACCAGGUGGAGAAGAGCGAUGCAGAACGAUUGAUCUUCAUUGGAUCGACGAAGGUAGUCAACAUCGGGCAUUUUACUUUAAAAUCGUGCGAGGACUUGUAUAUGGCGAGAGAAAUAGAGGCGCGCGACCCGACAAUCUUGAUGAGGAUGGCCUAACGAUUCACUAUUUGCAAACACCGCUUUCACGAAGAUGGAAGCCAGGGAGUUUAUGCUAUGAGGAACUGGAUGCAGAUAACUUAAUAUUGUAUUGCUAUACUGAACCUACCAUUGUUGAGUUGCUUCAACUGGCUUUGUGCAGUGAAUAAUCUGUUGUGUGUUCCAAUAGUCUUUAUUCAUGUGAGUGCUGGCCAUGUUUGUUUGAUGUUGGGGAUUAGUGGCAAUAAAGAAUGGAAGACAUGAGCUUAUUUUGGCCAUGCAUACCAGGUGUUUGAUCAGAUGCUUGUGUGGGGAUGUGGGUUCUGCAGUAUGUGCAGAGGUUGUACAGAGUAGGACUGAUCCCUUACAUAUUUUCAGAUUGAUGAUCUUUGUAUUUGCAAUGCAUGUUAAAGAGUUGUACCAUCUUAAAUGAAGUAUUAUCAUUGUC